GAUGUAAAUAUUAGUCGUCACUGGUGCGGUGCAUUGUGGUCCACAUGCUUAGCCGAAGACCGUUCCUUGCGGUAUUUGUCGAAGUAUGGAUAGUGGGACAUUAAGCGCGCUGCAGUCGGCUUAUUGGAGGGACGGGGCACCAUAGGAAACAUGCGCUAAGCGUGGUAGUGUGUACUUGGUGGAGCAAAUGGAACGAAUUUUCUAUGAAUAAGCCGACCAAAUAACAGGACUGUCCGGGGAAUACAGUGUUAUCGUUUCUGACAGCACCAGAUCUAGUUUACUGCUAGGAUUUAAGGCGCCGAUUAGUAGAUAUGUUUACGUCUCGUUGUGGUUACAUAUUUCGUUUGAAAUUUCCGAUUAAUGCAAUUAGCUGAACCUUCGUUUAAAUAUGAAACAUCCUGGACAGUAUGUGGGAGUAAGUGCGUUCUCGAUUUAUAUUCCCGUCCGAUAGGUGGCAGUGGCGGAGUGAAGUCGGUGCGUUUCCAAUAUUGCCAGCGAGAAUGUCAGCGAAGAAGACGUACAUGUGGAAAUGGGUGCUUGGAGUGUAUUUAUUGCCGAUCCCAAAAUAUUAAUAGCCUACACUGCCAGAUCCCGGAAUAUAAAGUGAAGAUAAUAAAUAAAUAAUGGGAGAACGCGCGUUUCUAUUGACCUUUCAGUUACAUCUAAACAUGUGCAUGGAUUUGCUCCUGAAAAGAGCGACUGGUGAGAUAACUAACCUGGUGAGAAGCAGGUUCGCUCGGUUUCACGGCGAAACCUCCAGUAAAGAAGCCGAGAGCAGACGGCUGUCAGAGAAACUUAAAGGUCUGGAAAGACAUUCGCAGUUGCCAGAUGUGAAUCAGCCUGUUCUGGAUAGAACGGAGAAAUCUUUAGACACUGGUGAAGAGGACUGCUAUCUGCUGGAUUUCCAAACGCGUUUGCACUCUUGCAUGAACUGCAUCCUAAAAGAUAUUGCCGCCGAGAUUACUACCUGGGUGAAGGACAAUGUCACCCAUUUUCACGACGAGGCCGCUGCUAAAGAUUGCGAGAUGCAGAACGUCUCGGCUGAACAUCGUUUGCAAGAUAAAGGUUUUGGUGUGGAAGUUGAUAGCGGUGAAUCAGCCACUGAUCACCAGCCCAUCGCGUACGACUUCGGAGAGGUGGAGAGUGACAACAACGACAAAGGUCUGGCUCAGGAAAAGGCCGCUAUAGAGAUCAGGCAGGUUCCAGAGGCAGCUUGCUUUGUCGUGGCCGACCCGUCUGUGGAUUACGAGCUCACGGUAGCUACUACUGCCAUUGAGGACCAGCCACACGGUGCAGAGAAGAGGGAAGGAGAGCUGGAGGGCCCCGAUCCUGACCAUCAUCCAUACCCAGAUCCAUGGCCGGCCGAAGGAGCAGGGGAGAACUCGGUCCCACCAGAGGGAGGCGCUCUGAAGGCUGCUGUACCCCCUCAGCAGGGCCUGGAGCUGGGCAGUGGACAGGGGGAGAACGGUGUCCACAGUUGUGUCCAGUGUGGGAGGAGCUUCGGGAAGGAGUGGGUCCUCCGCCGACACAUGAGGAAGCACAGCGAAGGGGGUGGAGCGGAGGCGGGGGCCACAGGACACGCCUGCCCCAACUGCGGUCGCACCUUCAAGCAGCGGAAGGGCCUGGUGUCGCACCUGCACAGCCACAGCGGGCAGAAGCCCUACGCCUGUGACAUGUGCCACCUGCACUUCACACGCCCGGAGUCCGUCAGCAAGCACCGGCGCCUGCACAGCGGUGUGCGGCCGUACAGCUGCCCGCGGUGCCCCCGGCGCUUCUUCAGGUCCGAUGGCCUUAAGAGCCACAUGCGGACGCACGACGGUGGGGAGCGGGAGCGGGACCGGCACGGGGUGGCAGCAGCGCCAAAGCUCUGCAUGUGUACGCACUGCGGGAAAGCCUUCUCCAGUGUGAGCCAAGUCGCCAGUCACGAGCGGACGCACACUGGCGAGCGGCCUUACGAGUGCCCGCAGUGCCACAAGAGGUUCCGGCACGCCGGCGCACUCAGCGUCCAUCGCAUCACCCACCAGCGCGAGCGGCCACACCCCUGCCCGCAGUGCCCCAAAACCUUCCGCUGCUCAAAGCACCUCAAGCGCCAUCUGGUGACGCAUUCGGAUGCGCGGCCCUUUUCCUGCGACCAGUGCCCGCUGGCCUUCCGCACUGCUGGCGAGCUGAAAGGCCACAAGGUGCGGCAUGGGCUGCAACGGACGCACGGCUGCCCCGAAUGCGGGAAGCACUUCAAGACGGAGUACGAGGUAAAGCUGCACCGCAGGGCGCACAGCGGCGAGAGGCCCUACCGCUGCCCGGACUGCGAGCGCGCCUUCCGACGGCCGCACCACCUGGCGUCGCACCGGCUGACGCACACGGGCGAGAGGCCAUAUGCCUGCGACGUGUGCCAGCGCCGCUUCAUCCGCGCCCGUGAGAUGCGGAGCCACAGGAGGAGAGUGCACCUCGCCGCCGAGCCUUCAAAAUGCGACCGGUGCCAGGCUCACUUUGAGAACCUGCCACUGCUCGAGGCCCACAAACGUUCCGUCCACGGCGCUCCGCCCGAGAGCUCGGACCCACAGCUCGACGGACUCUCCAGGUUCCCUAAGAUUCUGCCUCGAAGUCUGGCUCCGGGCUGCGAGCCGGACCCAGGCAUGCGACCGGGGACGGUGUCGGCAGACGAGCAGCAGGGGGCGAAGUUCCUGAGUCCCGUCGUCUUUGUGCUGGCCGAUCAGGGUGUCUCCUUCUCUGUAUUACAGCCCGGAACGGUUCUAACACCUGUGACAACCGUGUUGAAGCUGCCUCAGGCUCAGACGCCGACGCCGCUGAAGAUGCAAAUAGGAGUCACCCCAAAAACGCCGAGGGGGAAAGUCCGCAGAAGGGCAGCGCUGAAGGCCCACUUCCCAGUCGAUCCGUCUGUGGCGUGCUCUAGCGCUAAACCGUGUGCGUCAGUUCUGCCUGGCGCAUCCAAAGGGAACACGAGGUCCUCCACCGAAGCACAAGCGUAAACCACUGUAAAUUAUCUCCCUGACAAGCCAGUUUACAGGUGAUUCCCAGGUUUCUAUUUAUUUGUUUUUAUUUUUUUUUUGUUGAAAGAAUAAGAUUUGUGUUUAAAUGUAAUGUGGGACUAAAUCUAAAAUCAUGCCACACGUUCCUAGACAUUCUCCUGUCGCAGAAAAGUGUAAAAUUGUUUGAAUCUCAUUUAUUUUCUUUUAAGUUGCUUUUCCUACCAUGAGUAAGUUUUACGAUAAAAACAGAGUUUUAUUGAUA